CUCUGCACGUGUGGCGCACAUUUGUCUAGAAGUUUAAUUACCGGCUAUCGCCAGUCACUCCUCCUAAUAUCGUUUUAAUAUACCCAAAUAAAAAAUAAAACUUUUAAAAGAUUAAAAAGAAAAAAAGGAAAAAAUUCUGCAACCAAAGAGGACCAGUUGAGGAGACUGUGCAGAAGAUAGAGAGCUCAUUGCUUUCUUCUUUGCUGACUUCUGCUCUCCUCUCUCUGUCUACUGUAAUAAGGGGAAGUGAAUCAAGUUUGGCUUUGGUAUUAGAGAAAAUUACAUCUUCAUCAUGUCUUUGUUGCUGUUGAUGAUGAUUACUACGAUGAUGAACAUUACUCUUUUGACCAGAGAAAGAGAUCAGGGUAUCUAAAGCCUGCCCAUGUAUCACCCAACCAAGCUUGACAUUAAUGGUGGUGGUGGCCAAGUACUAGAUCUAGAAACAGCCGUGAAAGAUGGCAUUUUAGGCGGUGAUACUUAUGGUCCAGUUUGUGCUGGUGUUGCAGACAAACUGGAUCUGAAGAAGAUGAUACAAGAGCUGGAAUCAAUUGAUGUGCCAUCUGUGUUUAUUUGUCCAAUUUCUUUAGACCCGAUGCUCGAACCCGUGACUCUCUGCACCGGCCAGACCUAUGAGAGAUCCAACAUUUUGAAAUGGUUCUCUCUGGGUCAUUACACUUGCCCUACUACAAUGCAAGAGCUCUGGGACGAUUCAGUCACUCCUAAUAAGACUCUUCAGCAGCUUAUUUACGCCUGGUUCUCCCGUAAAUAUGCUUCAAUGAAGAAGAAAUCGGAGGAUGUUCAAGGACGUACUGUGGAGAUUUUGGAAACUUUAAAGAAGGUUAAAGGCCAAGCUAGAGUUCAGGCUCUUAAAGAGCUUAGGCAGCUUGUGGCUGUUCAUUCCACAGCAAAAAAGGCGGUUGUAGUUAAUAAUGGCGUUAGUUUGAUUUCUCUUUUGUUGGGACCUUUCACUACUCAUGCUGUUGGGUCAGAAGUAAUUGGGAUUCUGGUCAACUUGGAUCUCGAUGUGGAAUCAAAGAAGAAUCUGAUGCCGCCAGCAAAGAUAUCCUUAAUGGUGGAUAUGCUAAACGAGGGAACAAUUGAAACAAAGGUUAAUUGCACAAGGUUGAUUGAAGUUUUAAUGGAAGCCAAUGAUCAUGGUUCUGAAAAAAUGUCUAGCUUGAGUCUUUUGGUUGGUUUGUUGAGAUUAGUGAAGGAUAAGAGGCACCAAAAUGGGGUUCUGGCGGGACUUGGCUUGCUCAAGACAAUUUGUUCAUAUGAUUCGGUUAGGAACUCACUUGUCAGCAUUGGAGCAGUUCCUCUGUUGGUAGAGAUAUUGCCCAGUUUGAGUAACGAGUGUCUGGAGUUUGCCCUUUAUGUAUUAGAGGUUUUGUCAACGGUUCCUGAGGGAGGAUUGGCUUUGAAAGAUUGCCCUAAUACAAUACCAAAUCUGGUCAAACUGUUAAUGAGAGUUUCAGAGAAUUGUACCCAGUUUGCCUUGUCAAUUUUAUGGACAGUUUGCAAGCUUGCACCAGAUGAAUGUGCUUUACUUGCUGUGGAUGCAGGUUUGGCAGCUAAGCUACUUCUAGUAAUACAGAGUAGUUGCAGUCCUGUAUUGAAGCAGCGGUCUGCUGAGCUCUUGAAAUUGUGUAGUUUAAAUUACUCAGCUACUAAAUUCCUUUCAAAGUGUAAGCUUACAAAAACCAUACAGUGAAAAAAGGGGCAAAAUGUUGAUUUGCACACGGCACUUCCUUUUUUAACGCACUUCAUUCCCAAUGGACGAAGGUGCUUCUGGGAUUGAACAGAAUUCCAAAUUGAGCUCACUGGGGUUCUUAAGGUACCCUUUUCUACCUUGUGUAUACUAAAGAAGUUCAAUCUGACUGAUGAGUUUACAUGAAGAAGCAUCAUAAAGUGGAUUUCUUCUGAGUUAUUUCCAUAUUGUGAAACCAUUAAUCUGCAGUCUAUAUGCUGGCAUUUUUGCCAACAUUUGCCAAUAAUCCCUUAGCAAGGUUGUGAGUCAAUCUUGCCAUUGUUGCACAGGUGUUUCAAUCAACAAGAACAGAGUGUAAAGUAUGUCUGUGAUGAAUGCAAUGGAGGUUGGACAUGAUGAAAAAGCAGUGAAGAGUACACCUAAGCAUGUGCUUCAUUCAUAAUGUAGUUAGUUCUCACUGGGUUGCCCUGUAAUAUUGAUUGAUCCCUAAAUUUUCAUCCUUUCUUUCAAGGGAUUUUUGGGGUUCAAAGGGUUUUUUUUUUAGUCUGCAUUAGUGCUGAGUUUAUAGAUCUAUUUGGACUUGAUGUAAAACUUAUGUACAAUGAACAUCUAUUCCUUCUUUUUACAUGAGAUAUGAUAAACAUCUAGUGAAUUGCUCUCUCAAA